AAGGAAGUUGAUCUGGGCCGGGGCCCAAGAAGUGACGAGUUAGAGAGGGAGGAGAGGGAGGAAGCGCGAGGCGAGGAGGCCGGGCGCAGUCCUGGGAUCGCCGGCAGCUAGUGGGAGGCGAGCGCUGUGGAGGGCUCCGGCGGCGGGAUGCGCGCCCUGGGCGGCGGGGUCCCGCGCUAGGCGCCCGGUGGAGGCGCCCCCCAGGCGGCUAGACCCGCGGGACCCUCCCUCAGCCCUCGGCCUGCGACCCUGGGCCGCCGAGCAUGACUUUGGCUUCGCACCCACCCACGCGGGCAGCGCUUAAGGGGCGGCGACCGGUUGCCCUUUAAGGACCCUCAGGAUUCACUCUGGGUCACUCCAUCGAGAAAGCCUCAGGCCGAGCAGCCUUCAGCGGGUCCCCCCUGAAGCCCCGGCAGAAGGGACCAUGAAAGAAGAGGAACUGGCUGCUGAAGACGAGGAUAUGCCGCCCUUCCUGUGCACACAGGAAGGCCGACCGGGGCCCCACUGCAGCCGCUGCCAGAGGAAUCUGUCCUUACACACGUCUGUGCGGAUCCUUUACCUCUUCCUGGCCCUGCUCCUGGUGGCUGUGGCCGUGCUGGCCUCCCUGGUUUUCAGGAAAGUUGACUCUCUCUCAGAAGACAUCUCCUUGGCCCAGUCCAUUUAUGACAAGAAGCUUCUGUCUAUGCAGGAAAAUCUCCAAGGACUGGAUUCAAAAUCCCUGAGCAACUGCUCUUUCUGCCAUGAGGUUGGGCAGCUGGGGCAAGAGAUCCGAAAACUGCAGGAGGAGCUGGAGGGAAUUCAGAGGCUGCUUCUGGCCCAGGAGAUCCAGUUGGACCAGACCUCAAAGGCCCAUGAACUGCUGUCCACCACCAGCAGUCAGAUCACCCAGCAGAUGGGCAGUUGUUCCUUCUCCAUCCAUCAGGUCAACCAGUCCCUGGGGUUCUUCUUGGCCCAGGUGAGAGGCUGGCAGGCCACCACAGGUGGCCUGGACCUGUCUCUGAAGGACCUUGCCCAAGAGUGCUAUGAUGUCAAGGCUGCAGUGCACCAGAUCAACUUCACCGUGGGGCAGACUUCAGAGUUGAUCCAUGGGAUCCAAAGGAAGACAGAUGAGGAGACCCUGACCCUACAGAAGAUGGUCACUGACUGGCAGAACUAUACCUGGCUCUUUAGCAGCCUACGCGCCACCUCAGCCAAGACAGGAGAAGUGGUCAAGAACAUCCAGACCACCGUGGGGGCUUCCUCACAGCGCAUCAGCCAGAAUUCUGAGAGUAUGCAUGACCUGGUGCUGCAGGUCAUGGGCUUGCAGCUGCAGCUGGAUAACAUCUCGUCCUCCCUAGAUGACCACGAAGAGAACAUGCACGACCUGCAGUACCACACCCGCUAUGCCCAGAACCGGACAGUGGAGAGGUUUGAGACACUAGAAGGACGCAUGGCUUCUCACGAGAUUGAGAUCAGCACCAUCUUUGCCAACAUCAAUGCCACUGACAACCAUGUGCACAGCAUGCUCAAGUACCUGGACGACGUGCGGCUCUCCUGCACACUGGGCUUCCACACCCAUGCUGAGGAGCUCUACUACCUGAACAAGUCAGUCUCCCUCAUGCUGGGCACCACGGACCUGCUCAGGGAGCGCUCCAGUCUGCUGAGUGCCCGGCUAGACUUCAACGUCCACAAUCUUUCCAUGAUCAUGGAGGAGAUGAAGGCAGUGGACACGCAGCAUGGAGAAAUCCUUCACAAUGUCACCAUCCUACGAGGUAUCCCUGGCCCUCCAGGACCAAGAGGACUCAAGGGAGAUAUGGGUGUGAAAGGACCUGUUGGCAGCAGAGGACCAAAAGGAGACCCAGGCAGCUUGGGCCCCCCAGGGCCUCAGGGUCCUCAGGGGCAGCCUGGGGAUGCUGGACCUGUGGGAGAACGGGGGCCAGUUGGCCUGCGAGGUGUCCCAGGCCUCAAAGGCUCAAAAGGCAGUUUUGGAACUGGAGGACCAAGAGGACAGCCAGGCCCCAAAGGGGAUGUGGGGCCUCCAGGGCAAGAGGGGCCCCCAGGGCCAGAGGGGCCCCCAGGGCCUCAGGGAAAACCGGGGAUUGCAGGGAAGACAGGGUCCCCAGGCCAGCAGGGGCCCAUGGGGCCUAAGGGAGAGCCAGGGAUCCAGGGUCCCCCUGGCCUCCCUGGGCCCCCAGGCCCACUAGGCAGCCAGAGUCCCUACUGAGGAGGGACAGCCCAGGACACUGCCACACAGAAUGCCAGGAAGGGGGUGAGAGCAGCGUGAUCCCCCACAAAGCCUCACCCAGAGAAUAGCUGUGGUCCUUUGAUCCCAUUGGGGAGCCCCCCAGGGAUAACCCUGCAACUUCGGGCUCCCCAGUAGUGACUGAACCAUAGGAAAGCAGCCCCCCCACCACAAGUACACACACACACACACACACACACACACACACACAUUUCCUUGCAGGUCAGGGGUUGCUGACUGGGGUUCCCUGGCUGGGCAGGAGGCGAGGGCAGCAGAAGACCCCCUUCUCCUGUGAUGGAGCCUACCAGGGAAGUGGCUACCUCGAGAAGGAGGUCUUGAAUCUACCCCUAUUCUACUCUUCCCAGCAUCUUCACACCCAUCCUAGCUAGCAGUUGCCUGGGGCUCACGUUGUUUAAAAGACCCAGCAAAACCUUGCCAGGAGAUUAUGCUUAAAACUCAAGGGACAAGGUGGAUUUGGCAACUGCAAGACCCUCUCCAUCAUCAUGGGACCAGAGUCCUCAGGUAGUUGCCCCCUGCCUCACCUGGGACAGUAGGACCCCAUCUGACUGACCAUUCUCAGGCCCUGAACAUGGUGCCCCUGACAAGUUCAGCAUUUUGUCCAUGUCUCUCAGGAGCAGCCCACAGGAAAUCCAAGCAAGAGUUUCAUUUGCACAAGGAAAAUAUCCAGGUCCUGGAACAUUCUGCCAAAGUGGCAGCCAGCUCCCAAGAAAGGCCGCUGAAGCUGGAAGAAGGGAGGGAGGCCGAGGUGAGCAUGUAGGUGCUGCGUCCAUUGGGGCUCUCUGCACAGCUGUCUGCCCUGCCCCACAGAAGGCUGCCGCUUCACUGGGGAAGACCAAGCUGAAGAAGGCUGUCCCUGAUCCCAGUGUGGCUAUCCACACUGGUACCUGGGCUCUCCUUCUGCCCACAGCUGUAUGCUGGCCUUUCCACACCCUGGCCCAGAAUGGCCUGAGCCCUCUUUAUGAGCAGAAGACUGCUCUAGGAGUGGGAGGUCUCACCACACAAGGGCCUGAACUCCACCAGACUCUCACUCGAUGUCAGCACCUCAGACUUCCUGCACAACUGGCAGAGGAGCCCGGGGAAGCUCCCCAUGGCAGGUGAAGGCCUGAGGGCCUGGUUCCCUCAGGCUGAACUCCCUAUAGAGCUGCCCUGCCUUUUAGGUCAGAUUCAGACCACCCCUGAUGUGGGGGUAGGGAGCUGUCUCCUCCCAAACACUGACUCAGCAAUGAGCCCUUUCUGCAGUUCAAAAAGCCUUCAUGUCACCUUUGUUGUUGUAAUGGAUGUGCAACUGGUUUGUGUCACCCACCCACCCCCCACUGCCAUGCAAUUCUCUUGUCUACAUAUGAUAUCAUACAGCAUAGUAUUACUGCCUCAAUAAAGAACUGUUUCUAUGA